CAUGAAUGAAUGUUAUCAGUAUUUGUUUCAAUAUCUAACACUGACAGUCCUAACUAUAAUUAUAUAGUUUUGUCUCUGACAAUUGAAUAAAAUUGCCAAUUUUACCUACACUCCUCACCAGUAGGUGGCGGCGAUGCACACCAGAAGCUUUUUUUUUCUUCUUUUCGCCAACCCGCAAAAACCGCAAGAGGAAGAAGAAACUGAAUAGUAGGAUUUCCUGUUUCUGCAUCUUAGGUCAUGCGGGGACAACGCGUCCCGCUUUUCAUGGUUUGGUGAUAUUUCUGGUAAGAAAACAAAAGGGAUGGUGAAGAAGAGCUGAGUGCGGCGCAGAGCGGCCAUUUCCUGCUGAGGAUCAGUUGUGGGAUCGUCUGUGAACUCCAGCGUCCUGCUGGGCCCACAAGUUGACCUCACCACCAGUUCACCCAUCUCUCUGGUUGUGAAGAGGAGCGGUCUCCAUUAGAAGAAAUGGAGCAUCGAGGCAAAACGCUGGAGGCUGAUUUCAACCCCAAAGUCCUGCUGCAUAGAUUAGAUGCUCAGCAGAUUUUGCUGCUUAAAGAUGCUCCUGAAGAACAUGGUCCAGGUUUUGACCUAGAGUGUCCAGAGUCUCUCCCAUCAACCAUGAAUGAGGAUGAUGAAGAGUUUCUCCUGUCUUCUCACCUUCAUCAGCAACACAGAGAGUUACCAGAAGAUCACUGUGAAGCAGCAGAACCUAUCAGAAAGCAAGAUCAUGGAGAUUAUUUCAACUCAUCAGAGACUGAACUCAUUGAGGAGGAUGAAGUUGAUGUAAAUAAUGUUUUCUGUCAACUUGAGCAAUUGCCAGAUUACAAGCCAAAAUGUGAAUACAGGGAAAAUGACAGCAAGGUGAGCCAUUCAACUAAAGGUUCUCCAAUCUCUGAGGAUAAAAUGAAAUCCUUUACUUCAAAGAAAACCCUAGACUCAAAGAGGAAAGUUCAGGUUAAAAUGAAGUUUAUCUGUGAUGACAAUGGUAAAACAUGUAAAAAAAAUCCAACAUCAAAAAGACAUGCAAGAACCCUAGCAGGACAUGAACAUCUCUGUAAAUUGUGUGGACACACAUUUAACAGAAGUUACUUAGACACACACAUGAAAAUCCACACAGGAGAGAAACCUUUCAGUUGUGAUCUUUGUGAAUACAGAUGUACCCAAAAAUCAAGUUUAAAUGUACACAUGAGAACCCAUUCAGAAGAGAAGCCUUUCAGUUGUGAUCUUUGUGGAUACAGAUGUAUCCAAAAAUCAAGUUUAAAUGAACACAUGAGAAUCCACACAGGAGAGAAGCCUUUCAGUUGUGAUCUUUGUGGAUACAGAUUUAGCAGAAAAUCUAAUUUAAAUGUACACAUGAGAAUCCACACAGGAGAAAAACCUUUCAGUUGUGAUCUUUGUGGAUACAGAUUUAGCAGAAAAUCUCAUUUAAAUGUACACAUGAGAAUCCACACAGGAGAAAAACCUUUCAGUUGUGAUCUUUGUGGAUACAGAUGUAGCAUAAAAUCAAGUUUAAAUGUACACAUGAGAAUCCACACAAAGUAUCAACCUUUCAGUUGUGAUGUUUGUUUGCGAAGAUUUAGUCAGUUAGGUCACUUGAACAAGCACAUGAAAAUCCACACAGGAGAAAAACCCUUCAGUUGUUAACUUUGUGCAUACAGAUGUAGCAGAAAAUCUAGUUUAAAUGCACAAAUGACCAUCCACACAGGGAACAAACCUUUCAGUCGUAAUGUUUUCUCUUAAAGGUUUAGUCAGAAAGUUCAAUUGUUGAACCAGCACAUGAAAAUGCACACAAGAGAAAAACCUUUCAAUUGUGAUCUUUGUGGAUACAAAGAUCACAAUGCAAAGACAAGUAUUUUUGUGGAUACUUGUUAAAUGUCUGAACAUUUAAACAGACACAUAAGAAUCCACAUGGAAUAUUAA